UCCGCCGCCCGCCGCCCGCCGCUGCCUCCCGUCUCCUCUCCCUCGCGGCGGCCUCCGUCUCUUUCUCCCUCUCGCCUUUGAAAACUGAUCUUUGGCUCUUAGUGUGAAAGUGAUUUGAAUUUGGCUCGGCGGCGCUCUGCGCCUGCGCCCAGCCUCUGGCAUGCUGGCUCCUUCCAAGCAGCUGUUUUGGGUUUGAAAUUCCAACAUGGCAGAGGCUGCAGUCCGUCUUCCCUUCAAAAACUUGGAAUGAUUUCAAAUCAUAGGCACCUUCACUUAACCCGAGCUUCCAUUCAUCAGCAAACACAUCGGAUCGAUGCUACGCUAACCUAUCGGGUGUUCGCUCCGCGCGUUCAGGUUAAAUGAAUACCUGACGAAAGGGCCCACGUUUCAAGGCAGUGACAUUUGAUAGCUGAGAGGAAAAGUGGCUUUAAUGAAAAGCAACCUUUGGAAUUCCUGCUUGUGAGAAAUCCAAUUCAGCUUUUUGUGCUGCCAGCAAGAAAUGAUCAGUAGCACCAGUGUUUAUGGCUUGAAGAUGCAGUGGACGCCGGAGCAUGCCCAGUGGCCAGAACAGCACUUUGACAUCACCUCAACCACUCGGUCUCCUGCCCACAAAGUUGAAGCCUACAGAGGUCAUUUGCAGCGCACCUAUCAGUACGCCUGGGCAAAUGAUGACAUAUCUGCUCUAACUGCAUCCAACCUACUGAAAAAAUAUGCAGAGAAGUAUUCUGGCAUUUUGGAAGGCCCCGUGGACCGACCCGUCCUCAGCAACUACUCAGAUGCACCAUCAGGACUCGUGAAUGGUCGGAAAAAUGAAAGUGAACCCUGGCAGCCUUCCUUGAAUUCAGAAGCUGUUUAUCCCAUGAACUGUGUUCCAGAUGUUAUCACUGCCAGCAAAGCUGGAGUCAGUUCAGCCCUCCCUCCAGCAGAUGUCUCUGCAAGUAUAGGGAGCUCUCCUGGGGUGGCCAGCAACCUCACAGAACCUAGUUACUCAAGUAGUACCUGUGGCAGCCACACUGUACCUAGUCUUCACGCAGGGCUCCCAUCUCAGGAAUAUGCCCCAGGAUACAACGGAUCAUAUCUGCAUUCUACGUACAGUAGCCAGCCCGCACCUGCACUUCCUUCCCCUCACCCAUCUCCUUUGCAUAGCUCUGGGCUUCUGCAGCCGCCACCGCCCCCUCCUCCACCAACAGCCCUGGUCCCAGGCUACAAUGGGACUUCUAACCUCUCCACUUACAGCUAUCCCUCUGCUAGCUACCCACCUCAGACUGCUGUGGGAUCAGGGUACAGUCCCGGUGGUGCACCCCCUCCUCCCUCAGCCUACCUGCCUUCAGGAAUUCCUGCCCCCACUCCCCUGCCCCCCACCACUGUUCCUGGCUACACCUACCAGGGUCAUGGCUUGACACCUAUUGCACCCUCGGCUCUGACCAACAGUUCGGCAAGCUCUCUCAAGAGGAAAGCUUUCUAUAUGGCAGGGCAAGGAGAUAUGGACUCCAGUUAUGGAAAUUACAGCUAUGGCCAACAGAGAUCGACACAGAGUCCUAUGUACCGAAUGCCCGACAACAGCAUUUCAAACUCAAAUCGGGGGAAUGGCUUUGACAGAAGUGCUGAAACAUCAUCCUUAGCGUUUAAGCCAACGAAGCAGCUCAUGUCCUCUGAACAGGCAAGGAAAUUCAGCAGCCAGUCCAGUAGGGCUCUGACCCCCCCUUCCUACAGUACUGCUAAAAAUUCACUGGGAUCAAGAUCCAGUGAGUCCUUUGGGAAGUACACAUCACCCGUGGUGAGCGAGCGUGGGGACGAGCACAGGCAGCUUCUCUCCCACCCCAUGCAAGGCCCCGGCCUCCGCGUAGCUACCUCAGCCAACCACUCCGUGGACGAGCGGCUCAAGAACACUGACGCGCACCUCAUCGACCUGGUAACCAACGAGAUUAUCGCCCAAGGACCCCCUGUGGACUGGAGUGACAUCGCGGGUCUCGACCUGGUAAAGGCUGUCAUCAAAGAGGAGGUUUUAUGGCCAGUGUUGAGGUCCGACGCAUUCAGCGGCCUGACGGCCUUACCUCGGAGCAUCCUGUUAUUUGGACCUCGGGGAACAGGCAAAACGUUGCUGGGCAGAUGCAUAGCUAGUCAGCUGGGGGCCACCUUUUUUAAAAUCGCCGGUUCUGGACUAGCUGCCAAGUGGUUAGGAGAAGCAGAGAAGAUCAUCCAUGCCUCUUUUCUUGUGGCCAGGUGUCGCCAACCCUCGGUGAUUUUUGUCAGUGACAUUGACGUGCUUCUCUCCUCUCCAGUGAGUGAGGAACACAGUCCAGUCAAUCGGAUGAGAACCGAGUUUCUGACGCAGCUGGACACUGUGCUAACUUCAGCUGAGGACCAAAUCGUAGUAAUUUGUGCCACCAGUAAACCAGAAGAAAUAGAUGAAUCUCUUCGGAGGUACUUCAUGAAACGACUUUUAAUCCCACUUCCUGACAGCACAGCGAGACACCAGAUAAUAGUACAACUGCUCUCACAGCACAAUUACUGUCUCAACGACAAGGAGUUGGCACUGCUCGUCCAGCGCACAGAAGGCUUUUCUGGACUCGACGUGGCUCAUUCAUGUCAGGAAGCAGCGGUGGGCCCCCUCCACGCCAUGCCAGCCGCAGACCUUUCAGCCAUCAUGCCCGGCCAGUUGAGGCCCAUUACAUAUCAAGACUUUGAGAAUGCUUUCUGCAAGAUUCAGCCUAGCAUAUCUCAAAAAGAGCUUGAUAUGUAUGUUGAAUGGAACAAAAUGUUCGGUUGCAGUCAGUGAUAACUUCUUUAAAAAAAUACAUAAUGAAUGUUGGCACACACGCAGAAAACCUGCUACAUAGGGCGUAGCGCCCCUUUCCAGUAGUGUUUAAAUCGCAAAGGGUACCGGGGAAGACGACGAUUAAGUUGCAUCUUUAGAGUCAGGGUAGAUUUGGAGGAAAAAAAUAAAAAAGAAAAAUGCGUCAAAUGAGAGCUUCUGAUUUGAAAGCCCCAGAUGACAGAAAGCAUCUGUUGAUGCUCAGUUCGGUUCAAGCCAGACAACAACUCACCAAGGAGCAAGUGUGUUGAUUCCAGAAGGACGUGAACCUCGUGUGUCGAUUCCAUUCUGCUGUUCUCGAGAUUUAGUUGCUGUCAAGUGCCUGGAGUGGUGCUUUAUUUUUUGUUUGCCUCACAAUUACAUUGGUGGCAUGUGCUAAUAUAAAGAGCUUUAACUUCAAACAUUAUUGGACUAAAGAGAUGAACGGUUGUGUUAUGACAGAAAAACCAGAUUUUUUGCCAUUUUAAGAGCAACAGUAUUCCUCAAUCCUGUCUGUUCUGCAGUAUUAAGCUAAGAACAGGUACACAGGGUAACGGUAAUCUGGACCUUAAUUUCUGCAGUUCAUUUCUUUUAAUGUUCUUGUCUGCAAAAACUCAGGAAAGCGAUUGUGAUUUGUACAGUACCUCAAAGGAAUGUGUUGAAAGCACUAUGUACUGCUGAGAGUAAUGGGAUAGGCUUCAAUGUUACUUUAUAUUAAAAUGUAUGUUUACCUCAACAAUUGGAAAAGAGCAAGGAAAAUUACUUUGAAUGUAUCCAGAAAAAUACUGACAUGUGAUACAACUGAGUAUUUACAAUUUAAAGUAGAAAUGGAAGGAUUUUUCAAAACAGGUUCUUUUACUGAUUACGGGGAACUAACCAGAGCAAAAUCAUUCUUUUUGUCAAUAACUGCACAAGUUCUUCGUGCAUUGCUCCUUGAAAAUGAAAUGAAAAUGUGUUUAAAAGGUACACUGGUUAAUGGAAAGCUACUUAUGCGGUUUGUGCUAGCGUCUAGAACAGUCAGCCACAGGACCUGUUCAGGACCCUUAGUACCUGAAAACUAGGACUGCCUUUUACUGCAGAGGUGGUCAUGGUGGCGGUUUGCAAGUUCUCUCUUAAAACUGCUGGGAAUGGUGUCAUUCUAUCCACUCAUCUAGCUGAUAGGCUUGCCGUGCUGUUUGACAGAAUGCAGAAGAUAGCAACCAAAACAGAUAAUUACAGAACUAAAACACAAAACACAACCAACUAACUUACAUAUCGCCGCAAAGAACGUCUGCACCCCCCUGUCCUUGUUGACUCCUCUCUUGUACAACAGUGCAAUUUUGCUUCUCAUUUUGCAAUCCCCUGGGCUAUAGUGCUCCCACAUUCAUUUCUACCUCAGUUUUGUUACAUUACUCUUGGAAAGUCAAGUAGAAAAUUGGAAGUGGACACACACACACACACACACACACACACAAUAUAGCUUGCCAAACAGGUCACUUGUCCCCCAUCUUUCCCCGUAUAUUUCAUUUCCCAAAACAUCAGUCGUGCUCACUGCCACCUGAGUCCACCCCCACCCCCAUGGUAUGUGUGGCUUUAUUCUUAAUUUCCCAAUCCUUUCCUGCUCCCCACCAAGUUGUUCUUUGUAGCCUCUAAUGCUUUCUGUGCAACUUUUCAUUGAUAGCUGACUUCUAGCCACGCCUCUGAGCAGACACCGUGUAGGCUGGAGCUUUAAAAACCCACUGCCCUUGCAGAAGCAGAACAGCCUGGCUUUUUGAAUGUAUUUUUCGUGGGGUUUUUUUGUGUUUUUUUUUCCUUCCUUUUUUUUUUAGUUGAGAAAUUCAGUAACAAAACUGUUGCAAAGCACUGGCAUUUUAUGUAUUCAAAAAGUGGUGUACAUUACAAAGAAAUUUAAAUAAAUGCAAUGAGAAGCCCCAAGCGAAGUCUUGGUUAUUUUUUUUCCUUUAAAUUUUUUUUUUUUACUGAUUUCAUCUGCAAUGUCAAAUGCUGUGAAACACUUAGCAUAGAGAAAGCUAGAAUUUUGUGAGAUUUCUGAUAUUUUCUGAUGCUUGAUUGUGACUCCCCUGUUCUUUUCUAUAUUGCUGAAAACACAGCAAAUGCAUUUAAUUUACUCUGAUACUCUAUCAGUUCAAACCGUGCUUACAUAUAAAUAUUCCAUUUUAAAAAGCAGUGCCUUUCAUUAAGGAUACAAAAAAUAAUUAUUUGAGUAUGUCCUCAGCUUUUCACAAGUGAAUAAACGUUGCACUGUCUUCUGGCUCUACCCUGCCCAUCCCUUAUUGUAAGAAAAUUUGAAUAUCCCCAUUAACCUGGAGGUUUAUGCUGAUCUCACUGACAAGUUUACUUUUGCACAGUGCUGACCUAUUUUCUGUCUUUUAGACAUUACAUUUCAUUUCCGCCAACAUGCUGUGUUCAACUGAAAGCAACUGGCAAGUUUUGAUAAACCCGCUCUUAUUUAGACAACUUUGGAAAACCCAGUCUUGACCCACACUUUUUGUGGCUCGUAAGAGUUAAUGCCAAAUAUAUGACUGCACUAUUGUGUUUCAUACUCAUUUAUAGAACUGAAAAUAAAUUAUUAGAUUCAUACAUAUUGGCUUUUAGCCUUAAAUGACUUAAAAAUUACUUUGGGAUAUGAGUGGUCAAAAACCCAUGUAUUUAGUCAGAAGCUAAAGUCAUGUGUGAAUUUCAUUUAACCUUAUGAAUUCGAGGAUUUGAUCUCUUAGGAAAUUGGGCAUGCUGAAGAAAUGAAUGAAGAUCUGUUGGGGGAGAGAAGGCUGACCUUGGAGUAGAUCGUGCUCUCCUGUGAUUCUUUGAUUCUUUAUGGCAGCAUUAUGAGCUCUUCUGUGGGCUAGUCUAAUAAUGAGCUCUUUUCUGACCAUCCCCUUUUGGAGCCUGGGCAGGGGGCGGGGUACCCCAUCCUGAGAAAUGAAUGUGUACAAUCAGUGAUAGUACAACUAACUGAGUGAUCAGGCUUCAUACUCGGUCUCUUUCUGACUGCUAAGAAUUUGGAGAAGGUUAGUAAGGAAGGUAAAGUAAUGAGCCAGUCCAAAUCCCUUGCCGUCUGGCCAGCAGAUUUGAGCCAGUCCACUUCACAGCGUCUAAUUCUCUUACGCACAACUGCAAUAACAUUUCCAACAGGGACAAAAAAGGAAGUGAAGAAAAAACUACUUCAGCACAAGGAUCAAUAGAAAUUCAAGAGGUAGGUCAUAAUGACCUUACAUGUGACCCAAGUGGAAAUACUCCACACUUCUGGCAUGCUUCUCACCAAAAUAUUUAGAACAUUAAUGACAAUAUGGAAAACUUUGCUGACUGAGCUGAUCAAUGGAAUGUGAAGCCAGUAUACUUUAAGGCUAUUUACUUUCACACAGAAUGUUUAUCUAUUAGUCAGUUUGUAUUACACUCAAAUGCAGAUAGACGGGUAUAAUGUUUUCUUGUGCAUUUGAAACCUAUCAAGGAGAAAAUAAACCAUUCCACUAAAAUACAUAGGCCAAACACCAUCUGGGCAAGUGAUAAAAGCUAGCCAGAGGCUAUGCUAUGUAAAAUAGCAAGGUCAAUUCACAUGGGUUGUAUAGUACUUGGCUAUGCAGUUUUCAAAAUAAUACAUCCAAAAAAAGUCCAAAUUAAUCCCUACAAUAGGUCUUUGUAAAUUUACAUAUAUUUGUGGGUUGGGAAAUAUGUUUUAGAGGCAUUUAGAUUUUUUCCUCUGAAGAUGUGUCCAAGUCCAAACAGAAAGAUACUUUGUCAUCCCACUGUCUUGUUUCUUAGCAAGAAUGGAGUAUCAUGCACAUUUAAACUGUCUUGUGCAAAAUGAAAGGCACACAGUUUGUUCAAUUUAUUGAGGCCACUAAGAUAAAGUUCUUAUAUAUAGAUAGAUAGAUAUCUCUAUCUAUAUAUAUAGUCAACGUGUGCAUUUGUGUGUAUGUGUGUGUCAUUCUCGCACCCCACCAUCUAUUUAAACUUUAAAACUAACAUCUAUUUUACAUUAUUCAGAAGCAACUGGUUACUUCCUCUCAUCAUAUGUGCAGAAAGAUACAUGGCCACUUGAGAAUUCAGUGUUUUAAUGUGUUUUUUUUUUCUUCUUUUGAAAAGUAAAGCCUGCAGUUGCUGAAUCACUUGCCGAUUUUCCCAUGCAUCCCUUUAGCCAACUUGGAGCUCUUAGUAUUUCAGAAUCCCAAACCGGCUGUGCUUGCGACUCACCAACACAUGAACUGAGGCGCACACUCGCCUCAGACCUCUGGUUGACAUUCGAUUUUGAACCUGCCAGAUGCAUUUGUGCGAACCAGGGAUCCUGCAUCUUUAAUGAACAAGUCUCUCCUCUUUCCCCUGUUUUUAAAUACAACACAGGCAGUGUAGCACUAGGCGCUGCAAUUGUCAAAGACAAUUAGACUGAAAGGAGGAAAAUCUCACCUCCCUGUCUCAGUGAUAUGUAGAAUGUCGGCAGCCUGGGUCAGCCUUGCCACAGAGUUGUGUGAGAAUAUAUGAAUCAGGCCUAUAGAAUGUUAAAUAUUUAUAAAAUGGUUCUGUAGUACACCAAGGCUGGGAGCACAUUCAUUCUUUCUUGUCUUAACGAUACAAAACAAGCGAUAGUUUAUUUCCAGGCUUAAAACUCUCCUCCUCUCUCUCUCUCCUUCUCUCCCUCAGUCUAUUUCUCUUUCUGUGGUGUGCGUGCAAAUGUGUUUCCUCAUGGAUUAUAUGUAGUUGCUAGUGAAUAC